CGAGAACACUUUAGUUUUUUUUAAAACAGAUACGUCUACAAAAACCGUCAUCGGUUUUUGCGGACUUUUAACACUUACAUCAAAUUUUAACCGUGGCCUAAACCCAUAAAGUAAUUCAAAAGGAGACUUUUUCGUAGUAGAAUUAACACAACCAUUAAUUCCAUUCUGAACCUCAAUUAUUUCCUCUUCACAAAGAUCAUAAUCAUUCCCAACGGCCGCUGUCAAAGCAUUGAGAAUAGUUCCAUUGAACCUCUCCACUUGUCCGUUACUUCUUGGACUAGCAAUUGUAUUUAGUAUAUGUUUAAUGUUGUUGUUUUUGCAAAAUUCUGUCAUUGCCUUACUUGUAAAGGACCUUCCCCGAUCUGUAAUAAUUCUCUCUGGUAUACCAUAAAAUUUUAUCAGCAAUUCCAAAGUACUAAUCACAUGUGUAACUCCAGUAUCAGGAACUGCUUCGAUCCAAGUGUAUUUUGUAAACGAGUCUACAGUGACUAGCAUAUAACUGUUUCUUUUGGACUUUUACAAAAUGGGCCUAAAUGGUCCAAGUGUAAUGUAUGAAAUGGUUUGUUAACUUUAUUGGAUAAAGUCGACCUCUUCUUUUCCCCGUUGGUUUCUUAGCACACAGACAAGAUAUGCAGUGUUUGACAUAUUUUGUAACAAAGUUUUUCAUAUCUGUAAACCAAUACUUCUCUCCUAUUGAUUCUAAGGUACGUCGAAUACCAGGAUGUCCAUUUUCGACAUGAUGCAAUCUUGUUACCCUCCAGCGUACUUAUUUUGGAAUUAAAAUUCUUGGCUGGUUUUGAAUCAAGCGACAGAUUUGACCUUCAAUUACAGUACCUACAAGUAUAGGUAGUUACCUCCAAAUAUUCUCAAGCGCAAUUUAUUAUAAUAAAAUGAAACUACAUCUUCAUUAUACUGACGUUCAUAGUUUACAAAUUCUUUUAUUUUAGUUGCAAUUGAGCGAACAGAGGGAAAAAUUGGUUUUAAUUUCUCUUUCCAUUCGUGCCAGUUAUUGUUUAUUUCUGUUUGACUAUCAUACCAAGCUUUUGCGUUGCCGCUGAGACAGCUUAUCAUGCAAAGUAUUCUCGCUUUAUUAUCGCAGCCGUAAAGAUCUCCAACGGAAUCGAUUUUAUUUAACCAUUGCGUUAUCGUUAAGCUUUGAGUUGAGGCGCCAAAUUCUGGUAUAAGUUCCAUACGACCGACAAAACGCUGAGAUACGCUAUCGACUGAUUUGCGGCUAUUCGACUCCGACCGCUGUGUCCUCAAAUCACGAAUUAGUCUAAUAGGCGUCGAAGAACGAGAUCUUGAUCUGGAGUGAAAUUCUGUACUAGUCAACGACAAUUUUCGGUAUCGGUCAAACGUCGACCGACCGAAAUCCUUAUAUUGCAAUUCCGGACUUUACGCGGCCUACCGAAAUCGGUGAAACAGAGCGAAAACAAUCGUUCCUCGACCGACAGCUUCCACGACCGUCGAACGUGUCGAACGACUGUUAUUAAAUUGUUUGAAAUUAAAUGUGUUUGGAUGUGAUUAAGAAAAAUUUUAGCGAUUUUUCCACCACAUCAUAGAUUUUGAAGUAAGAGAAAACAAAAGUACAUAUUAUACAUACGAAGGUAAGUAAUAAUAAUUAGCAUUGGUAGAAGUAGAGAAACGUUUGUAGAAUAAAAUUAGCUUUAGGAUACGCUAAAACGUACUAUGAGUAGCAGAGGUGGAGUCAUUUCCGUUUCGUGUUUAGUGUUUCAUGUAGUCCGAAUAAAAAACUUGUGUUAUGGAAACGAAAAUAAGUUUGCCUCUGUCCUCUGCUUACACUAUUUACCAGGCCAAAUAACGUUUUUUUUUUACUUUUUGAUGCACGAAAGAACUUGAAAAACCACCAACUUGAAAAAGAAUCAAGUUGGUGGGGGUAAUACUUUAUAACCUGACAUUAUUCCCUCGCUCUUAGUUUUGAUUUGAAAAAUGGAGUAUCUUGCCUAUGAUUUACUACAUUUGGAAAGAAGAGUAAGAAUAAUGGAACGCCGAGUAGAACGAAGGGCUCUAAGAGAUGUCAUGGAACCUUUGGAACUUCCAGAUGAUGAAUUUAUAAAUUUGUAUCGUAUUUCUCCUGAUAUGGCCACAGAUUUGAUACAAGCUCUUCGCCCUCACUUGGCACGUCAACGUCUUUAUGGAUUAUCCGUAGAAAAACAGGUUCUAAUAGCUUUGCGGUUUUAUUCUACCGGAAGUUAUCAAAAUCCGGUAGGAAAUCAAGAAGGAUUAACUAUGAGUCAACCAUCUGUGAGUCGAUGUGUACAUGCUGUCACUGACUCUAUAAACGAUGUCUUUUUGAGAAGAAAAAUACGGUUUCCGCUAACUGCAGAGGAAAGGAAUGCUGCACGAUUGAAAUUUGCAAACGCGAUGCAACCGUUUUAUGUAUACAUACCUCUCAGCCAUUAUAAAAAAUAUUUAAACAGGCCACAGAACGACCGAAUGCUCAAGCUCGACAGAUCGCUUUGCACCGAUGUCGUUUGGUUGCAUAAAAUACAAGCGCGUUUUUAA